AUGAUUCUAUGCCUGAAGAACAGCUUAUGGCAAUCAUGUUUUGAAAGAAGUUUUGAUGAGAAGGUCAGGCUAGAAGAAGUCAAGGCUCUGCGUGAGAUGAAAACCUACCUUGAUGCUAGGCACUACUAUUGGGAUGAGCCUUACUUGUACAAGAGAGGACCAAAUAGCAUUUACAGAAGAUGCAUAGCUGAAGAAGAUGUACAAGGAGUUCUAGAAUUGCCAUGGGUCUGCUUAUGGAGGUCACUUUGCCACAUUCAAAACGCGACUAAGGUCUUGAAAGCUGGACUAUGGUGGCCUACUUUGUUCAAGGAUGCAGCAAGCUUCAUUGCCAAGUGUGAUCCAUGCCAAAGGAAAGGAGGGAUCACCAAGAGAGACGAGAUGCCACUAAACCCAAUUCUUGAGGUUGAGAUUUUGAUGUAUGGGGAAUAG